AGAGAGAGACGAUGAUACGGCAUCAAUGGGGUCCUCCCUGCAAUAAUGAAUGCACGCACAAGUACUCCGCCCUUAUGCAGAUUCCAUGGCGAGUCUUUUGCAAAAAAGGAUGCGAUGCUGAUGGAGAGACAUGGGAAGAAUGCUUGGAGGAGUGCAAUGAGAUAUGUUACAAGGAUCCUGUCUUGAAGGAUCAACAAUGGAGUGCUUGCAUUGACCGUUCUCCUGGAGUUGAAAGGUACUCAGAGGAGUGCUUUCACGCUUGUGUAUCUGGCUGUGGUUACAAGUUUGACAAACCUCCAGACAUAGCUGAUAAAGUUCGCCCAAACAGGCCACCGAAGCCUCCCCCUGUACCAAAGCCAGCCUCACCACUUGUUGAAUCUAAAGCAACGGCUGAAGACAUACUUGGGACUUCCGCAUAGUCACAGACAGAGAUCUAAUUAUACAACAAUAUGAAUACCAAUAUAGUUAGCUGAAUAGUCUGCAGAAUCCUCUCACAUCAACUAACAUCUGGGUUCCCAUAUUUUUUGACGGCAAAAUGCGAACUGUGAUCCCUUUCUAUGUUAUGAUAGAUUAUUCGAUCAAUUUUUACAUUCUUACCAGACGAGUAUAAGUAUAUGUUUCACAGUGCCUUCUGUUCUUCAUGAAAAAUUUACUUCUCCAUUUGUCUUGAUCAAAGCUUCAGAAUUUGAAGAAGCCAUACAGCUAUAUAUGUUUCUGAAAAAUUUACUUCUCUAUGCUUUUGAAUUAAAGACACAGCCACCCCACUGCUUAUUAUUUUUUUUUCAUUUUUGGACGUUUAAAAA